AUGUCGAUCACCGAGCAGGACUCUGCAACUGCCGAGCACGGCUGGGCGGCCGUGCCACGAGAUCCUAGUGUUGUGCUCUUGGGAAAAGAAUUCCUUCACGAGCCGAAGCCGCUGCUUGUCCAAGACAUGCUAUUACCGACGCUCGAUCCGCUUGUUGUCAAGACCCAGGCGUAUGCCAAAGAGAAGCUGUCCCCCCAGACCUACAACCACUCCAUGCGUGUGUACCAUUAUGCCACUGCUAUCCUGCUACAGCAAUUUCCCGACAAGGCCCAGGACAUGUCGCCUUCUACACUCGCCUUGACGGCGCUGCUGCACGAUAUCGGCACGACACACGACAAUCUGCGUACGACACGCUUGUCCUUUGAAUUCUUUGGCGGCUUGCUUGCCCUUGACCUCGUCGGCAAGCAGCUGGGCGCACCGCAAGCGCAAGCCGAGGCUGUGGCGGAGGCUAUCAUCCGCCACCAGGAUCUCGGAACGACGGGCAGCAUCACCUUCCUGGGCCAGCUGAUCCAGCUGGCCACCAUCUACGACAACAUGGGUGGCAAUCCGGCAUUAGUGCACGCGCAGACGUUGGAAGACGUGGUUCGGAUGUAUCCGCGCAACGGCUGGAGUCGGUGCUUUGCUGCGACGAUCCGCGAGGAGAACGGGCUGAAGCCAUGGGCCCACACGACGGCGCUGGGCGAGGAGGACUUUCCGAAUGGCGUGCUGAACAACAAUUUGAUGGCGCAGUUUGAGUAA